GUAACAGCUCCGCAGAAUUUAUUAUGAUUUGCUAAUCGUUUGCAACUACCUAAUAUACUAAUACAAAAUAUAUCAAAAUUUAAGAUUAAAAGCAAAGAUCGUGCAAAUGUAAAUUAUUUGCUUCACCCAAACGCACAUUACUCCAGUCAAAUCACAUUUUGAAUAAAGAAGCAAAAAUUUUAUACUUGGCAAGAUGUCGGUGAUACUCUUCCACAAUUUUGACAAGGAAAAAAUGCGUGUAUCGUCCUAAAAGCUUUUGAAACAUUUACAUGAGCUUAAAACAGUGUGUAUGUGUAUAUACAAUAGAUUGUACGCCAUUAUGAAUAAAGUAGUAGAGGACAAUGUACAGAUUAAUUGCAAUCAGAUGAAUACUAAUAUGAAAAACAAAAGCAAAAAGGCCAAAGAUCCUUCGGAAACAUCCGAUGAUAUAAGUAUAUUGGAUGAAAAGUUGAGCGAAGCGUUAGUUAACACACUUCAUAUUAACAACAUAAUUAGUAACCUAACUAAUGGGACAACUGACCAUUCAAAAGAGGAAAGUUCCAUUGAUACUAAUGAUAUAACUGAAGCACAAGGUGAUGUCAGUGAAGGUGCAAUAAAUGUAAAUAGUGUACAGUUUAGUGACAACAAUAGUCAUCAGGACAACACGGAGACAAACUUGUCUUCUGGUCUGGUCAGAUGUAAUGAUGAAGGCAAAUUAGAAGUAAUAAAUAGCAGUCACAGUUUUCAAGAAGAGUCAAAACAAGAUGAGAUUGGUAUUAUUUCAUAUGAAUCUGAAUUGCAGAUGCCUGAAAUCAUGAGACUUAUACAAAAGGAUCUAUCUGAACCAUACUCAAUCUAUACAUAUAGAUAUUUUAUACAUAACUGGCCUAAACUCUGCUUUUUAGCAAUCCAUGAAGGAACAUGUAUUGGUGCCAUUGUAUGUAAGUUAGAUAUGCACCGCAAUGUUGUUAAAAGAGGGUAUAUUGCUAUGUUAGCUGUGGAUAAAAAGUAUAGGAAGAGAGGGAUCGGCUCUAGAUUGGUGAGAAAGGCAAUACAGGCAAUGAUUAAUGACAAUGCGGAUGAAGUGGUACUAGAAACUGAAAUCACAAACAAACCAGCCUUGAAGCUGUAUGAAAAUUUGGGCUUUGUUCGUGACAAACGCUUAUUUCGAUAUUAUCUUAAUGGUGUAGAUGCAUUGCGAUUGAAGUUGUGGCUAAGGUGAAAUAAGUAGGUAACUAAUGGGAAAUUCUCAAUGUUGUGUUAUACACUUCUGGAGGCUAUGCACUCUCAGCAUUCUUUAUAUAUACCUAAAUGAACCCUGUUAAAAUGGUGUAACCUACUAUUGCCAUGUGGAAUUUAGCCAAAUGUAUAGUUUCAAUAUUUUAUAGUCAUGUGAUAUGUUUUAUUUUAUCUAAUUUAUGUGUUAAAAAUUGUUAAUUAAAAUAUAUUCUGCAAUUUCCUUUACAUCACAAUUUUUAAUGUAAAUGGUUAAUACCCAUACAAGAAUACACAACUUUGAUGAAUUGAAAUGUAGUCAGUGUUUAUUUAUAUUUAACCCAUUAAGGUUUGUCAAAAAGUGAAUUGUUGGAGUUCAUUGACUGAAGUUUACUAAUUUGUUAAUAAAGGUUUUACUUACUUAAAAAA